AUGGCUACUCUCCCACCGACGCAAGCCCCAGGCACGCAGGAAUAUGCUGGCGACGAAAUCAGCGCUCUGAUUCUCGAUCCUGGCAGCUAUACGACGCGCGCGGGCUUUGCAGGCGAAGAUACUCCCAAAUCGGUUGUGCCAACCAGCUAUGCUCUCACACCUUCCGGCGACAAAGUGUUUGGCGAGAAUGCUAUCCACCUGCCCAAACCAGAUCUCGAGAUCCGCAACCCCUACAGCUCAGAUGGUAUCGUCGAAGAUUGGGAGACCGCAUCACGCUUGUGGGAGUACAGUAUCACAUCGCGAUUGACGGGAGCAAGGCAAACACCGCCUAGCAAGAACGGCUUGAAUGAUGGCAACAAGGACGAAAAUGGCGAUGUGAACAUGGACGAAGCGGCAGAACAGAUGGACGAGCAGGAGAAAGUGUUGGGAGAAUACCCGCUCAUGAUGAGCGAACCCGCCUGGAAUCCCCAAAAGGCGCGCGAGAAAACGAUGGAGAUUGCCAUGGAGGAAUGGGGAGUGCCUGCCUUCUUCCUUGCCAAGAAUGGACAGCUGGCGGCGUAUUCGCAAGGAAAGGCGACAGGUCUGAUAGUCGAUAUCGGUCACCUCAACACCGCAGUCACAGCCAUGUACGAAGGCAUGGUGCUGAAGAAGAGCAUACACCACACGCCUCUUGCCGGAAAGUGGUUGAACGAGCAAAUACGCUUGAUGUACUCUUCAAUGUCGCCACCUGUGCCUCUUGUACCGCACUACAUGGUCAAGACCAAACAGCCUGUCGAUGCAGGCGCACCAAGCAAUGCAACCUAUGUCAAAUUCGACAAGCCACCCACAGAAAGCUUCCGAAGACUGGAAGAAGAGCGCGUACUGACAGCUUUCAAAGAGAGCGUGGUGCAGGCUUGGCCGGGACCGCAACGCUUGGAAGCGCCUGCUCCGCCUGGCGGCUUCUCGAACCUGGACCACGUCAAGCAGCUCCCUCCUAAGCCGUUCGAGAUGCCAGAUGGAUGGAACCAGGUCUUUGGAAUGGAGCGCUUCAAGGUUGCCGAAGGUCUUUUUGAUCACAAUGCUGCCUACUCAGAUGCCGAACAUCCUAAGCCUCAGCAGGACGAGGCCAUUACUCGAAUAGUGCACAAGGCUCUUGAGGCUUGCGACAUCGACCAGCGACCAGCCUACAUGAAUAACAUCAUUCUCACGGGUGCAGGUUCGCUGAUUGAGAAGCUGCCCGAGCGACUACAAAGCGACCUUACAGCCAUCUACCCCAACCCGAAAGUACGUGUCAUCGCAAACUCUAACAGCGUCGAGCGGAAAUAUGGCGCAUGGAUUGGUGGUAGUGUGCUUGGCAGUUUGGGCACUUUCCACCAGAUGUGGAUCUCGAGGCAGGAGUAUGAGGAGUUUGGCGCUAAGAUCAUUGAAAAGAGAUGCAAGUAG